AUGAGCGGAAAGGAGAUUUCCAAGCAGACUGAUGCUCUUGACGAGCCUUUGCUGUACAUCAUGUCUGCUGACGAGUGCUACACCGGCUCUGGUAGCUGCGGUACCGUGAACGCUUGGGAUGUCUCCAACUUCACCGUCACCCUGGACAAGGCCGAUGCCAAGUUCGGCAGCACCAUGACCCAAGGCAGCUUGACGACCUCCGACAACGGUAUCACCUGGACCACUGAUUCGAUCGAGAACGGAACUAUCGAUUUCGAUGACUCUGAUGACACCCUGUAA